AUUGUUACCGGGGGACCCCUCUCGAAACGCGAUUGGUCCAGUUUGAUUAGCAAUUGGGCGGGUUUUGCUAUGAAAACCUGGCAACCCUGCCCAGGAAAUAUCCUGCUCUGUGUCAAUCAGAAGCGCACAAAGUCAUUCAAGAUGGUGUUGGAAAGUAUCUCCAGGAUUAUCAAAACACAACUUCCAGCCUACCUCAAGAAACUGCCCCUUCCAGAAACAAUCGGCGGCUUUGCGAGACUCACAGUUGCAGAUUGGCUGCGGCUCCUGCCGUUAUUGGGCAUUUUGGCUCUGUUGGGUUAUCUGACCGUCCGGCCCUUCCUGCCCAAGAAAAAAAAGCAAAGAGACUGUCUAAUAAAUCUGAAGAUCCAAAAAGAAAACCCUAAGGUGGUGAAUGAGAUCGACAUCGAGGACCUGAGGACUCCAAAUGUUUGCUACUGCCGCUGCUGGCGAUCUAAAACGUUUCCUGUUUGCGAUAAAUCACACAUAAAACAUAACGAGCUGACAGGAGACAACGUUGGUCCACUUAUUCUUAAGAAGAAGACUCUGUAGCCCUUCUGCUUUGGCCCAUAUUAAAAACAUAGUUUUCUCCACUGAAAAACCUACUGUAAUUUAGUUUGUUGUACUUACCCAAAACUAUUUCCAACUUUUUGUUGAGGCAUAGAGCUGUAAAUUCUGACUGUAAUGCUCAAGAUAUUGUGGUUGAUCUGAGAGAUUAAGUAUAUUACUUUUUGUUACAUUGCUCUGGUGUGUUUACUUUUUGUACUUGGCAAACGUAGUAGAUUUUUGUGUGCAGUAUAACUGGGCCAUAAGGAAAAAUGGCGAUUACCGUCACCAAUCAGUCUUCUUGGCCAUGAAAGUCUUUUCUGUACUUAAUCUGUAUCUAGAUUCAGUUAAGUUGCCUUUUAUUAUUACUGUUGUGUUGUCAUUGUGAUAAAUUGCGUUUGAAAUUUUCUGAGACAAUAUAAAAUAUCAAAUACUUCUAGCUUUUCAAUGUGAAGUACAGGAUUUGUUUUUGUAGUUUUUACUUAUUUGCCAUUUUCUGGCUGCAGAAUUAUUCCUAAACCAACAAGAGUUCUACAAUGUUUGCUAAAUUAUUAGAAAGUUUUCAAGUGCAUGAUACUAAACUCGACGUGUGUUUGCAUACGUAAAGACAUUUCACAUUGAAUUAGAUUGCAACAAAUGCAUUCGUCGAUGCUAUUGUUAUACAUUAUUCAAAUAUUACAAUAUUUAUCAUAACGUAACAAAGAAAUGUGGCCUCUUUUCAUUUCCACCUGAACCAACAUGCUGUAACAAUUACAAUUCAUAAUAUGUAUGCAUUCAUUCCUAUUCAAAAUAGUUUGACAAUCCCUUGUUUUUUUUGUGCCAUGUUUCAUAUCAGAUGGCUUCUGUUCAUAGGUGUUUUCAUAAAAAUUACAUUUGUAUGUUAACUGGAAUGUGCCUAAUGACUUUUGUAAAAUAAAAGGUAACCAAACUUUUUACAUGCUCUAAA